AAUAUUAGAUAAUCUAAUUUGUUCCACAGACCUCUGAAUCAUAUAGUGCUUCUCUUCUCCCACCGACACAAUCAACGAUGGAAAACAUCCAAGCCCAAAAGCAACACAAAAACAAACGAAAAAUCCUAAUCCUCUCCGCAUUCCUCUCUCUCCUAGUGGUGGCAGCGGUUUCCAUCCCCCUCGCCCACCGCCACACCAGCGCCACCUCCCACGCCGCCUCCUCCGUCGUGAGGUCCACCUGCGCCGCCACAUUGUACCCGGAGCUGUGCCUCUCCACGGUCGCUUCGGCCGCCCCUUCUGCCGCAGUGAAGAGCAGCAAGGAUGUGCUGAUCGCGGCCCUCAAUUACACGAUCUACACCGUGGAGCGCAACUUCUUCACCCUGAAGAAGAUCAGCCGCGAGCAGCGCAAGACGCUGACGCGCCGCGAGAGGGUCGCCCUCCACGACUGCUUCGACAUGGUCGACGACACGCUGGAGGAGCUCCACGAGAGCGAGCUGGAGCUCGAGGACUUCGGCUUCAAGAACUACUCCCUCGCCGCGCAUAAGGAGAACCUCCUCACUCUUCUCAGCGCCGCCCAGACCAACCAGGAGUCUUGCCUGGACGGCUUCUCCCACGACGGCGCGGAUAAGAAGGUGCGCGAGGCGCUCAUCGCGGGCCAGAUGCACGUGUUCCGCCUCGUCAGCAAUGUGAUGGCCAUAAUCAAGAAUUUGUCCGACCACGAAGUCGCGACGAAGCUCAAGUCGGAGGGGAGGACGCUGGCGGAGGAGCAAGGGGAGUGGCCGGAGUGGUUGUCGGCGGGGGAUAGGCGGCUGCUGCAGGCGACGACGGUGACGCCAGAUGUGACGGUGGCGGCGGACGGGAGUGGGGACCACCGGACGGUGGCGGCGGCUGUGGCGGCGGCCCCAGAGGGGAGUAGCCGGAGGUAUGUGAUUAGGAUUAAGGCGGGGGUUUAUAGAGAGAAUGUGGAAAUACCGAGGAGGAAGACCAACUUGAUGUUCGUCGGAGAUGGCCGGACGACGACCAUUAUCACAGCCAGCAGGAACGUCGUCGACGGCAGCACCACCUUCAAUUCGGCAACUGUUGCGGUGGUUGGCGGCGGGUUUUUGGCCCGGGACAUCACCUUCCAAAACACGGCAGGUCCGUCAAAGCACCAAGCCGUGGCCCUUCGCGUGAACGCAGACCUCUGCGCCUUCUACCGGUGCGACAUGCUUGCCUACCAGGACACCCUCUACGUCCACUCCCUCCGCCAGUUCUACACCGGCUGCAUCAUCGCCGGCACAGUCGACUUCAUCUUCGGCAACGCCAACGCGGUCCUCCAGAACUGUGACAUCCACGCGCGCCGCCCCAACUCGGGCCAGCGCAACAUGGUGACAGCCCAGGGCCGUGACGACCCCAACCAGAACACGGGCAUCGUCAUCCAGAAGUGCCGCAUAGGCGCCACUUCGGACCUCAAGCCCGUGCAGAGCAGCUUCCCGACGUACCUCGGGCGGCCGUGGAAGGAAUAUUCGAGAACGGUGGUGAUGCAGAGUGACAUCAGCAAUGUGAUCCAUCCGGCUGGGUGGUAUGAAUGGAAUGGCAACUUCGCUCUUGCUACUCUUUUCUAUGCUGAGUAUCAGAACACCGGCGCCGGCGCUCCCACGGGGAAUAGGGUCAAGUGGGGAGGGUUUAGGGUGCUGACGAGCGCGUCGCAGGCGCAGCCGUUCACUGCCGGGAAUUUUAUCGGUGGUGGGAAUUGGCUGCAGGCGACCGGCUUCCCCUUCUCUCUUGGGCUUUGAUUUGCCCAUAGUUGUGUAUUUUGAUGAAUAAAUCUGUUUGUAAUUUGUUUUUCUUUUUACGUUUUGUUUCCAAUUUGUAUUUCCAUGAAUAAGAAGUUGUUUUUAUCUUUUCCAA